AUGUCAGAUAUAGAUGAAGAUACUUCUACUCCAACUGGAGGACAAAGAGAAAGAAGAAAGAUUGAGAUCAAGUUUAUAGAGAACAAGACUAGAAGACAUGUCACUUUCUCAAAGAGAAAGCAUGGUAUCAUGAAGAAAGCCUUUGAGCUUUCUGUGCUUACAGGGACACAAGUACUGUUGCUAGUUGUAUCUGAGACUGGUCUCGUUUACACCUUCAGUACUCCAAAAUUCGAACCCAUUGUCACACAACAGGAAGGUAGAAACUUGAUUCAAGCGUGUUUGAAUGCUCCCGAUGACGAUGAGGAAGAAGAAGAAGAGGAAUUCGACACAUCGAUGCAACAGGGCCAGCAACCUCAAAACCAACACCAAGAACAAAUUGCAGAGCAGAACAAACAACCUCAUACUCAAAAAAAUAACGCUCCUAUGGAUCAACAACACAUGCAGGUACAUCAAGAACAAGUAGCAUACUCUCAUGACGAUAAAGGUCAUGUACCGGAAAUGAAUGGCCAAGGUGGUGCACCAGGAUUUGCUAAUGGACAAGACAUGCACUUACAACAACAGGGCAAGGGUCCAAACCAGUACAACCAUUACUUGAACGAAGAACAGAAUUCUGUCUAUCAACAAUACUUCCAAGAUCAACAGGCUCAUUAUGGGUGA